AUGGGUCUGUCUGCGAAAUACUUUGGGGGAGAGAUGCAGUUUGAGCAGGGCUUGAAGGAUGAGCAGACAUUUACGAGAAGAAAGCCCGUCGGAAGGCUCUCACGCAAGUGCAGGGAAACAAGAGCAGAAGCCAGUUCUCCUCUUGAAGAAGAGAACUCUGAAUCCCCCCCUGAGGUGGGGACUUUGGACCCAGAAGUGAGUCUGUCUUUGAAGGGGACCUUGAACUUAGAGGACAUUCUCUACCUGGGGGACAAAGGUGACCUCGAUGAGAUAGAUGAGACACUGUGUGUGGAAGAGACGGAGAAGCCCGAGGAGACACUGCACAUCGAGGAGACCAGGCAGCCAGGGGAGGCCCUGGAUGUGGACGAGCCUGCGAAGCCAGAGGAGAUCCUCUAUGUGGAAGAGCCCGCGAAGCCAGAAGAGACCGCAAGCCCAGAGCAGACCGGUGAUGGGGGAGAGACGGGCACGAGCGAGGAGACAGCUCGCCCUGAGGAGGGCCUCAGCGCCGGGCCUAGUCCCAGCACAGAGGGUCUGAGCAUAGAGGAUCUGGAACUGCUGGAGGAGCGUUUCCAGCAGUGUGUCCAAGCUGUGGCCCAGCUGGAAGGGGAGAGGGACCAGCUCAUCCACGAGCUGGUGUUGCUCCGGGAACCAGCCCUGCAGGAGGUGCAGCAGGUCCACCAGGACAUCCUGGCUGCCUACAAGCUGCACGCCCAGGCGGAGCUGGAGAGGGAUGGGCUAAGGGAGGAGAUCCGGCUGGUCAAGCAGAGGCUCUUCAAGGUGACCAAGGAGUGUGUGGCCUGCCAGUACCAGCUGGAGUGCCGCCGGCAGGACGUGGCCCAGUUUGCCGAGCUCCGGGACGCGCUGACCACCCGGGCGGCCCAGCUCUCCGAGGAACUGGUCCAGCUCCGGGAGGCCUACCGGAGGCAGAAGGAGCAGCUACGGCAACAACUAGAAGCCCCUCCAAGCCAGAGGGACGAGCACUUUCUCCAGGAGAGCCGGCGGCUCUCUGCCCAGUUUGAGAACCUCAUGGCGGAGAGCCGCCAGGGCCUGGAGGAGGAGUAUGAGCCUCAGCUGCUGCGCCUUCUAGAGAGGAAAGAAGCUGCGGCCAAAGCUCUACAGAAAACCCAGGCCGAGAUCCAAGAGAUGAAGGAGGCUCUGAGACCCCUGCAAGCAGAGGCCCGGCAGCUCCAGCUGCAGAACAGGAACGUGGAGGAGCAGAUCAGGCUUGUGAGGCACAAGCGAGAUGAGGAGGUGCAGCAGUACCGGGAACAGCUGGAGGAAAUGGAAGAACGACAGAGGCAGUUAAGGAGCGGGGUGCAACUCCAGCAACAGAAGAACAAAGAGAUGGAGCAGCUAAGGAUCAGCCUUGCUGAAGAGCUCUCCACUUAUAAGGCUAUGCUACCCAAGAGCCUGGGACAGGCUAACGCUCCCACUUCUCAGGCAGGUGGAACCGAGACACAGUCUCAAGGGGCUGUUUAGAAACGUAUGGCCGAAUCUGUAACCCAGAAACAACAAAAAACCUUUUAGUAAAGGAUCACUAAGUACCCUUUG